UCAUAGUUCAACAAAAAUGCAGUGACGCAACUAGCUUGCCAGGCUGCUGAUGCUAUGGAUAAUACGCUCAGGAGGGAGGACAUAUGUUAUACUGCAGCUCAGAAAACAUUAAUUAUACCGACAUGUAACCAAGCGUCGUAAUUUCUGCGACAAUGCUGUGUUUGGGUGUAAAUGCGGCGAGGUCGUUGCAGUCUUUGAGAAAGCUGUCCCCCCUCUCCCUGAUCCACAUGAGACAUCCGUCUUGUGUCUGCCCUGUGAAGUCGUCAAGGAUACGACACAGCGGUGCCGCUUGCUGCCACUCUACCGGACCACCUGCUCCCCCCACACUGACUGACCCCUCCUCUGAAUGCACUGAUACUAAACCCAGCCACAGCACCGCUGCCUGGACACCUGACCAGGGCCCGCCAGCGGCCCCCACUCACUGCUGCAUGAGCGGCUGCCAUAACUGUGUGUGGAUAGAACACGCCGAGCAGCUGCUGGCGUAUUACCACGAUGGAGGGGAGCAGGCUCUCUCUGCAAUCGAGGAAAACGUCCUCGAUGAAAACCUCAAAACCUACCUGAAGAUGGAGAUAAGGCUUUUAAAAAAGACGUGAAGGACAUAUACUGUAUGUUCACAGUGUCGACAUGAAUGAGUGUUGUGAGACUCCUUAGUAAGAAUCUGUUAAACUAUACGCACACUCCAUGCACUGAAUUUACCUCUACAUUUUCACUUCCUCCUCACACAGGUCAUCUGCACCAUUUCAUUUAUAAAAACUACCGGGUUAAAGUGUGACAAGAAGCUGCGGAUUUCAGGAAUCCUCUUGUCCUCCUGACGAAAAUCAAACAUGGCUAACAUUUAAACGUUCAAAUGAUAAUUCCAGUUUAUUACAAGUGAAUCUUCUUAUGCAAACCAAAUAACAUUCUUUGUUUUAAUAACAUAACAUUCUACUUGACACAGUAAUAUCUGAGACCCGGCGACACCUGGCAUCACUACAACAGGAAACAAGAACAAACUCAGUUCAUAGAUGAUCACAUUUAUUAAGAAACAAAGCCAGGGUCUGAAAUAUAUUCUUUAGAUACAUGAAAAUUGUUGGGUUUAAACGUUACCAACAAGCCAAACCUUUUCCUUUUCAGGAAUGAUUGAAUUGUUGUGCCGUUUGGACCUUGAUUUAUAUUCUAUUGAAAGUGAGAUUGAAAGUGUGUUUUUAAAGAAAGAUUAUGUCAGUAAUGAUUUUGGCUUCAUUUGAAAAUGAAUUUGGUUAAAAAUGACUUCUAUUUUCUUCAUUUGUACUGCUUGAUUCAGUAAUCGAUUCACAGUCAAUCGAUCCUCCUUUCAUCAUAAAGCACAUUUGCACAUAUGCUUUAUUUAUUAUAAGUUUGAACUGAAGUGUUAAAUUAUAUUUGUAUGUGUAUAAUGAUCGUUUGCUUGCAUUUUAUUUAAGAGUUUAUUUUGAAUAGUUGUUU